GUAGAUUUGACAUUCAAUAGAUUAAUAUGCCCUCCAUAAAAUUUUUAAAAGUUAAAAAAUGUAUUCAUUUAUUUAUGUGUAUAUUAUUCGCAUUUUUUAUGCCUAAAGUUUCGUCUGGAGCAAACGACUUACACUUCUAUGACGGCGCAUCUACAGCUGAUAUUAUUGCAGGAGAUAUAUUUUUCGAAAUCUUGGACCCACCAGAGCUAAGAUAUUCUUAUCGCAUUAGACCAGCUAAAGACUUUGGUAUUCCUUUUAAUGGCAGUAUUCAUUUUGAGAAGGCAAGAUUAGUCCCAACAGUUCCUUUGCACAGCUGUGCUGAUGUUAUGAAUACAGACGAAGUAUUUGGCAAUAUAGCCUUAUCAGAGAGAGGGGAGUGCUCAUUUGUGUUUAAGACGUUAAAAGCACAGCAAGCAGGCGCUCAAGCAAUUAUCAUCACAGAAUCAGUUGAUAAAUGGGACGAUGCCUUGGACCAUCUCAUUGAAAUGGUUGAUGAUAAAAUGGAGUUGGAUGUGAACAUACCAGCAGCUUUUCUACUGGGUCGUAGUGGAGCAACUAUACUGAGGACAUUGAAGAGGCUGCAUAAAAGAUAUGCCCUUGUAAAUUUACCUAUAAAUAUGACCCAUGUACCAUUAGGUAAAAUGAAUCAACCACCUUGGAUAUCAUGGUGAUAAAGUUACAUGAAUAAUGCAAGAUGGUUUAGUUCGUAUGUAAGUACAAAACGGGUAGCGCUCACUGACCAUAAGCCAGUGGUCCUGUACUGGUGCUCCGUGAAGCCACAUCAACUGAUCCAAGAUAAUUAACUAAACUAUUAAAAGCUGUUUCAAAAGAUAAUGUUACGGAUUUUUUUAUAUAUAAUGAUUAGCUUUUUUAACAAAUAACUAUGCAAUAUGGCUUCGUGUACAUGUCGGGGCAUUCGCUAUUGCGCGCGGACCGCAGUACUCUGUAUUUAUAUAAAAAUCGUACUGGCAUGAAUCGUAAGCUAGUGCAGUUAACACACAGUGGGGGCAAUAUAAUUGUUGUUAUACAGCAAUGUUACGAGUACCAAAAGUGGGUUAAUUUGUUUAAAAAUAUGAUUAAAGGAAUAAAACGUAAGCUCGUCUGGGUAGGUACCACCCACUCAUCAGAUAUUCUACUUAUUGUUGUGUUCUGGUUUGAAGGGUGAGCCAAUAUAAUUACAGGCACAAGGGACAUAACAUCUAAGUUCUAAAAGUUGGUGGCACAUUGGUGAUGUAAGCGAUGGUUAACAUUUCUUACAAUGCCAAUGUCUUUGGGCGUUGGCGACCACUUACCAUCAGGUGGCCCAUAUGCUCGUCCGCCUUCCUAUUCUAUAAAAAAAAAAUGUUUGCCAAUGUAACAGCUGCUUUGGUGUCGCAGCAACCACAAUAUAAUCAUAAUGGCUGUACGUAGUGUUGUCAACAUUACCUCAAAAGUACAAAGCGAAGCAUACUGGUACAAUUUGUAUAAUAUAAUAUUAUGUUUUUUGUUUUUUUUUUUUUUUUUAUAGAAUAAGAAGGCGGACGAGCAUAUGAGCCACCUGAUGGUAAGUGGUCACCAACGCCCUUAGAAAUUAGCAUUGUAAGAAAUGUCAACCAUCGCUUACAUAUCCAAUGCGCCACCAACUUUGGAUACUAAAAUGUUAUGUCCCUUGUGCCUGUAAUUUCAACUUCUCCAUAAUUAACUUAAUUUUUGAAAACAAGCAAGCUCAGCAAUGCCAGUUCUAAAGUGUUCCCCGACUUCAAAUAUAUUGAGAGCCACUGGUAUAAGAUGUGAUUCACAAACAUUCCAAUAUACAUAUAUAAAUAUAGUUGAAUGUUUGGUCUAUUUAUUUCAUUAACUAUUAAUUAAUUAUUUAGACUGUGAAUGUGUUAGUAAAACUUAGUAUGUAAUUUACUUUGAAAUGAAGAUUAUUAAUAUUGUUCGAUUUACAAUACCUCAAAGUUUUUCAAACUUUUUUAUCUGUAUCUGGUAAUUCUGCACACCCCCUCGUGAUCGUGACAAUCUAAUACAUAUUUUUAACUGAAAGUGUUUACAUAGGCAAAAUAAAACACACUUUAUACAAGUGCAUUUCACAUAAUAUAAUAUAAAUGAUUUUACGUCAUCUUAAAUUAAAUUAAUACGAAGGCGAUUCUUCGACUGGUGUUUUAUUUUCAUGUCCGACGCCGGGUCGCGACGCGCUCUCGGAGAAUAUGGUCGGAUCUGCGAAAAUGUCUAAAUGAUGUCCUAUCCUAUUGUGAGCGGCGCCCUGGCCCUUGGUCAGUAGAGCGAGAUUGUCUUGCAGCGCCCUUUGGUCGACGCUUUCACUUCACACAGAUUAAUGUUAUAUAAAUAAUUAUUAGCACAUGUGUAAACAUCAAACAACGCUUAUGUACCGCUCGAAUUAAUUAGCUGGAGACAUCGCUUUAUAAUUAAUAUAGAAAAAAUUUGAACUAGCAAAAAUUAGUGAACGGAGCACUUAAUAUCCAUCAUUUGUAAUAUUUUAUGUUAACCUAACCUAGUAUUAGGGUAUAUGCGGUCGGCGCGUGAUCGAUACUGUUUAUAAAUAAAAGAAACCAAAUAUCCAGCUCGGCAGCCAUUUAUUAUGUCCCUCCAUAUUUACUCUCUUUGCCGCCCUUUCUAUAAGACCAUGUUGCCAACUUAAAAGUAUUAAAAAGACAGUUAUCACAUUUCAAAAAAAAAAAAUUACGUCAUAUUUAUUUAUAAAAUAACAUAAUCAAUGAAAUACGGGAAAACAAAAUAACAUAAAUUAAAUAUAUAAUAUUGUGAAAUAAUGAAAUAUUUAUCAAUCCCCUUAAUCCCUAAUUGUAGGUAGUAUAAAUAGGUUUGUUACACGAGUUUAUUGUGUUUAUAAUUUAACUAAAAUUGGUGCGUUAUAUUAAAAAUAAUAUGCGCCGUUCAUACUUUUACGACAGAUUAUAAUCUGGCUGGAUUUAUCAUAAACUGAAUGUCAUUAAAAUUAUCCGGUAACAUAUAUUGUUUACGAAAUGAUUUACCGGCUUAGAACCGCGAUUGAGAGAUAGUUUGUUAAUGUGUGCGUAUAAUGCUGUCAUAGUAACUGCAUUCCCUGUUUUGGCAGAUAAAUAAUUAUAAGGAUUUAAUUAAAACAAAAUAAGUUUAUUAAAUUUUACUUUUAAUAUUUAUUAUACUUUUUUUUAAUUAAAUUAAUUUUUUGGUUUCCAACUACACCCAAAAACUGUUGCAUUGUUUGUUUUUGUUUCCGUUAUCAAUAGUACUUAAGCAUCUUUAUAUGGUACUGGAUUAGCAUUCUCCUCAGAAGUUGAAAUCUAAAACACUCAAUUAAAUUAUUACUAAAGAAUGGUUGCCACAUAUAUUUCUAUGUUAACCUCUUGACUCGGAAUCUAAUAAUAUUAUAAAUUCAUGAUGAAUGUUAAAUAAUAUUGUCGUUAUGAAAUUAUAAAAAGAAGAACGAAUAAAUUAAAAUAACAUAUUUACAUAUAACGAAGCACUUUAGUUUAUUAUUGGACUCCAUAUUAAUUUGUUUACAUUGUUGACGAGUCGAUGUUUUUUUAUCAAAAAACAGGACAUUUUUCUAGCUAACGCUGGCAGCACUUACAUGAUAAAUAAAAACACACGCCGGCAAUUUCCUACUUGCUAUCACUUUAACAUGAAAUAAUACGACAAUAUACCAUUGUAUAACCUUCGAUAUGAUAUAUGGACUGUUUCUCGGCCUUUUCACUGGAUAAGAACCGUUUUCUAACAUAAAAGUAAGCGAAAAUUUAACAAAAAACACAAUGAACGCACCAACUGUCAAGUUUGUUACGUCCUGAUCCUGAAGACAAUAGGAUUUCGCUACUUGAGUAGCGAAACAAAUACCAAAAUUGGUUAGGCGAUAAGGGACAAAAUAUUUGAUAAUUCUAUCUCCGUCUAAAUCAUUUUUAACGUAAUUUUCGUUCUCUUUCUUGUGUAAGUGAGAAAGAAAUGGCCAUUGCGUCUAUUAGUUUCUCUGUCUACGAGAAGUUUAUAUUUUUCAGUGCCAUCUAGCGGCGUCUAGCAAUAAAGUGAACAGUUGCUUUAUUGCUUGCACAGAUAUGAUAUGUUCGAAAGUUUGUGAGCAUGGACAGAUGGAUCUUUGUUACUGUUUCAAGCAAAAAUAACUGGCCGGAUAUGGAUUAAAUUAGGAAUACUAUAUCUUAUAUUAGAAUUUUAUACAUGUAACCCCUUGUUAGAACAUGUAUACAUGUCUGAACACACGUUAGUGUAACAUUACUGAUGUAAAUAUAAUUAUUGCGUAUAAUAGUUGAUACUUACUUUCAAGAUAAUUCCACUUACUUAACGGGACAAAUACUGUAUCGAUGAAAUACCAAGGCCUCACUGAGCUAGCACCCUUAUCACACAGGUGUAAAUUUGCACAUUUUUGGGGUUACAAUGUUGCUACUCAAAAAAAAAAUUUGGUCGCAACUAACAUUGUUGCCCUAAUCGAUGGAAGCGUGUACACUUAGUCAUAUUUGUCGUAGAGAGAGAUCGCUGGGCCAGUAGAAAGUUCUAGACGCUUCAAAUUUUCGAUGGCGAAAAUCUGCCCUGUGUAGAGUUAACAGGUAAUUAUUCCAAGAAUAAUAAACCUUCAGUGUGACUAAUGUACUAAGUGAAAUAAUAAAUAAUGAAAAAUACAAAUAAGAACAUAAAAAAUAAGAAAAUAAAAAAUUUGCAAAUAUUUUUUUAUACGUGAAUUGAGGUUGCGUUAAUAAUGGGCACUGCGGCAUUAUCAUGUACACCAGAAAUUUUCCUACGUAUUACAUACCUUAAUAAUGUCUUAUCAUUUAUUUAAAAACAAACGCGUUCAACACACAAGAGUGAAACGUUUUUUUGAUCAGAAAAGUUUCAUUCCAACGUUACAAAAGUCGAACUUGACUAUUUACUCUAUCUGUGACCAAAGAUAUUUCACUACAAAAACUUACCCUAUAGUAUAUGCAUUUGUAAUGUUUUGUGUUCGUAUAUCAGUCUGAUUUGACACAGUAUAUUUAUUUUAUUAAUUAAUUAUUUGAGUAUCCAUUUUGUUUAAUUUAUUGUUGUUUCUCGUCAUUUGUUCCUUUUUACAGAAAUAUAAUAGACUC